AUGGUAUGGCCAGAGGCUGCAGCCUUACCCGUCGGGUCUGAGGGAGAGUUUAGGGGUUACCCCACUACCUGGAACUUCUGUAGAUGUGAUAGGGAGAGGAAUCUGGAUGGUCGGCUCACCACCGUACCUGAAGGGGGAACUGUGGUCCCUAUUACCUUCCAGGACCUAGAGCCAAAAAAGAAAGAAAAAAGUAUAGAAGACAAUGAAGAAGAUAAGAGUGCUUGUGAUUCAAUUGAUGAACUUGAAAGUAAAAUAGAUAAUCUUUGCAGUGAUACUGAACUCAUGAAAAUGUGCCAUUUUAUCCCUAACUUUAGCUACUUCUCUACUGUUUAUUUCAAUUGGGCACACAAUUACCAUCUUCUGUAUUAUGUGCGAGGUUCAGAUAUUCCCUUCAAAAGACCAAACUUUGUAAACGCCAUGUUCAAAGAUAAAACAUCGUGUCCUAAAAUGAUUGUGAAAGAGACGUCGUGUCCGAUUAAUUGCUGUUAA